AUGCCACCUGUCUUUCGACCUUUCAAGCCAAAGUAUCAUUUGACCAUGGGAAUUGAGACAUUAGACCGCAAUGAUUGGUUGCUGUUCGAUCAGACAUAUUCUGAGCGUCUCAAUCUCCGAGAAUCCCUUCUUGAGCAAUAUUUCGAUGAUAUUGUCGGAAUUACGAAUGAAUCGGACGCAAAGAUUCGACUUGCAGUGCAAGAGCUCUAUGAUUACCUCUUCCAGACUUAUCUCCCCGUCCGCUAUCCGUCCAUAUUCAAGAAAUAUGAGGAUGAACUUAGCUCCCGCUCCAUGUUAGAGAACUUAGUAACACGCCAAACUCUGCCGAUGACCAUGUCAGAUUCGACUCCUUUGCACAUCGCCUUGAAAACGAUCGCACAGAAUGUGGACGAAGACUUUUUCAUUCUCUUCCCUCGGAAGCAAGGCGACAACAAGGAAGACGUCUUCUUUCUUGAAGCUUAUGCUGCAUGCUUCCCAUCUGGAUUCCAGCCCAAGGAGAAAAUCGGCAAGAAAUUGGCCGACAUCCAUGGCCCGGUACCCGGAUACAAGGAGAAGCUACAGAAAAGUAUGGAUCGGUUCUUCAGUCGACUUGAGCCAGGUCGCUACGUGAAACGUGUGAAUUGGGGCCUUACUGUGGACGAGGAGCUAUUCUCAAAUUUCAAUAAGAGUGCACUAGCAUUCGAAGGGAAAUUGAAGAAUUUAUCCGUGGAGGACCUAGAUCUGGACAAGACAUUCUUGCGAUGCGAGCGCCAAACCCUUCACCGGCUCCCCGAGUCCGGAGCCAUUGUCUUUGCGUUUCACACUUAUCUCUACCCGAUCGAGGAAAUCAAAGUAGAAGGCAGUGGCGGAGAGCUUGCUCGGGCUAUAGAUGGACUUGAGAAUGGAAGUGUUCGUGAGAUGUUCACUUACAAAAACGGGGAGAAAUGGGCUGAUGCCGUGAGAGAGUUUCUACGGAAGUAG